AUGGAAAUCGUCCUUUACGCGAAUCCAAUUUCACAGCCCAGUCGGGCUGUCAUCAUUUUUUUUCGACUCAAUGGCAUCGAGCAUGAAACAAGAGUGCUUAACCUGAUAAAGGGAGAGCACAGAACGCCGUCCUUCAAAGAGGUCAACCCAUUUGGACUUGUUCCUGCUAUCACAGACAAUGGAUUCAAUCUAUAUGAAAGCCAUGCCAUCAUGAAGUACGUAGCAGCAACUCGUCUUUGCAACGAAGCUUGGUAUCCACAUGAUGUGCAGAGGAGGGCACGAGUUGACGCUCUUUUGGACUGGCACCAUAAUAAUACUCGCAGACACACUGUUGGAAUUGUGUGGAAUGAAGUAAUAUGCAGCAUGUUUGGGCUCUCAUCAGAUACGCAUAUUGCAGCCGUAUCUCGCCAUGAGCUGCAAUCAUCUCUCUGUGCCAUGGAGCGGGUGAUGCUGGCACAAGCAGACCCGUCCAAGCCUGGUUCACCACAGUUCCUUGAUGCCAACAUCCAUCCCUCGGUUGCUGAUCUCAGCAUCGCAUGCGAGCUGAUGCAGCUCGAGUUGUUGGGUGCUGCAGGCAAGGAAGCUGUGCUGGGAAACCACAAGAAGGUGCAGGCAUGGUUGGAGGCAGUGAGGGCGACAUGUAACCCAGUCUUUGAUCAAGUGCAUGAGGCUCUGGUCUCCACCAGUGCAUCGUCUCUCUCCCACAUUCACUCCGCAGCGUUGUUAAGCAAGGCUUCUGAGGCCUCUCUAUCCACCUCCUUCCUUCCGUCGACUCGCAAAGCAUCGUUCUCUGCUGCCGGCUCUGCUGCGAGACUGCGUGUGAAGGGAGCAACCAGAUCGCGCGUGGUGGUGACCGCCAUGGCCGACAGCCAGGGGAAGCGAACUGUCCUUGUCACUGGCGCUGGAGGCAGAACAGGCCGGUUGGUGCUGGAGAAGCUUCAGAGCCGGCCGGAGUUUAACGCGAGAGGCAUGGUGCGGUCGGACGCGAGCAAGGAGACGCUCGCACAGGUCGUUCCUGGCGCCGACAUCGUCGUUGCCGAUAUCGUUCGCCCCACGGACAAGGCCUUCGCCUCUGCGUUCGACGGCGCCGAGGCGGUCAUCAUUGUUACCAGCGCCGUGCCAAAAAUGAAACCCGGUUUUGACCCUUCUUCUGGUCAGCGGCCUGAGUUCUAUUUUGAAGAGGGAGGGGAACCUGAGAAGGUUGAUUGGCUCGGCCAGAAAGCACAGAUUGAUGCCGCUAGGCGGGCAGGAGUGAAGCAGGUGGUGAUAGUGGGGUCUGCAGGUGGUACAAACGAAAAGCACCCCCUUAACUCUUUGGGCAACGGAAACAUCCUGGUUUGGAAGCGCAAGGCAGAGCAGUAUCUUGUUGACUCGGGCAUUCCGUACACCAUUGUCAGAGCUGGCGGACUUUUGGAUAAGGAUGGUGGAAAGCGCGAAUUGCUGGUGGGCAAGGAUGACGAGUUUCUCUCCAGCAACACUCGCACCGUGCCUCGUGCAGACGUUGCUGAAGUCUGCGUGCAGGCUCUUCUCUUCAAUGAGGCAAAGAGCAAGGCUCUUGAUCUUGUGUCACGUGAGGAGGGAGAUGGAUCUGUCACCACUGACUUCAAAGCUCUUUUUGCACGAACAACGCCCGGGAUGUGA